AUGGAAGAAUCAGGGAAUUUCAGCGGGCAGAUUUAUACCAGUGGCAAUUCAGAGUUAUCUACUGGAGAGAAGAAAACUGUUAUCGUACUGUACACUAUACUGAUGGUUCUGAUAGUCGUAGGAAAUGGGCUGCUCCUGUUUGUAAUCAUCAAGGCCAAGGAAUUGAAGAGAAGCAGUCGCAUUUUUCUGGUCUCGCUGACCGUGGCCGACCUCUUUGUCGGUGUUGUUGUCAUCCCAGUGCGGAUCGUACCGCAGAUCAUUGACAUCUCAAUUGGCAGCACCUGGACCACGCCUGACCUGUUCUGCGAGGUGUUAUACUUCCUGCAAGUCUUCCUCGUUGGUGCUUCAGUCCUGGCGGUACUGGCCUUGACCAUUGAGAGGUAUCUGGCCGUGGAGAUGCCGAUGAGGUUCCGCUCCAUGGUGACUUCUCGUCGGGCGUGCAUCGUGGUUGCUUGCUCCUGGCUCAUGAGCCUUUGCACGGCGUGUUCCCUCGUUAUCCUAUCGGACUUAUUCGAGGGUCGAGUGGUAGUCUUUGACGGGUCGUCGUCGCUGUGUAAGCCUAUCGUUGACAUACCAAGUGGGGUGAACCUUUUCAGGUUUCUGUGUUUCCUCAUUGUGUAUUUCCUCAUACCACUUUGCAUCACUUUCCUCGCUUCGUUUCGCAUUCUGUACAUCGUGAAGAAUCACACCGCGUAUCAGGAGCAGGCUCCCAAUUCGUCCCACCGCAACCGUGCGCACGGACACACCGCAGCGGGAAGCGGAGCCGAAACACCACCCCAACGGCCGUGCAGUGGAGCUUGCCGUGGACUCUGCAAGUGUUUCCUGCGCAAUAAGAAAGCCUUGGUCACCGUUCUCAUUGUCACAGUUUCUUAUUCAGCCUCCAGUGUACCGUUUGUAGUUUGUAUUUUUUCCUUGCUGUUUUCUCCCUACAGUGUGGACCAAUUUCUCGUUGAACUAGCCAAGUUGUCAUUGUUUACCAGCUGUUUCAUCAAUGUUAUCGUAUACACAAAACGAAGCAGGGCGUUCAGGGGGUCGACCAAACGACUUCUUUGCGUACUACUCCCCGUGAGAUGCAACGCUGUUAGACGAGACCCAAUUAGAUCGCAAUCCAACUACACGAGUGUCACUUCCUCCACACAAGAUACAUACUUGUAA